UCCUUUUCCUCUUUCCUCCUCGCUCCUGAGGGGGAGCGGUUUUCUAGGACCCGAUAAACCGCCUCCAUCUUCCCUCCAAAACAUCUCUCCCCUGUUACGUUCCCUCCCCUUAGAGCAGCAAUUCUCGGUCCGAUCCGGGAGGGGGGAGGGGGUGGUAGAACGCCAUAAUCGAAGAUUCUGGCUGGUAAAGGUUUCGGCGGAUGAUGGCUCGGCUGCCCAAGAAGAAGCUGUCCAACGGCACUGAAUUGCAAUCGUCAGAAUCGAUGGAUGAGCCGGUGACGCCACCGGCGAGGUUCGAACCGCACCCAGCGCCGGCAAGUUCGUGCCCGGAGUUGAGCGACAAGCCCGUUCGCGUAUAUGCUGAUGGCAUUUAUGAUCUGUUCCAUUUCGGACAUGCUCGAUCGCUGGAGCAGGCGAAGAAACUGUUUCCAAAUACAUAUUUGCUUGUUGGUUGCUGCAGCGACGAAGUGACACACAUGUAUAAGGGGAAAACCGUGAUGAUAGAAUCUGAGCGCUAUGAGUCACUUCGGCACUGCAGGUGGGUUGAUGAAGUUAUUCCUGAUGCUCCUUGGGUCAUCAAUCAGGAGUUCGUUGAUAAACACAAGAUAGAUUAUGUGGCACAUGACUCUCUUCCAUAUGCAGAUGCAAGUGGGGCUGGCAAGGAUGUUUAUGAAUUCGUUAAGGCUGUUGGGAAGUUCAAGGAAACCAAACGGACUGAUGGAAUCUCCACAUCGGACCUGAUAAUGAGAAUCUUGAAAGAUUACAACGAGUAUGUUAAGCGUAAUCUGGCACGUGGGUAUUCAAGAAAGGAUCUCGGUGUCAGCUAUGUCAAGGAGAAACAGCUGAGAGUGAACAUGGGAAUAACCAAGCUGCGUGAAAAGGUGAAAGAGCAUCAAGAAAAAGUGGGCCAAAAGCUAACUACUGUUGCAAAGACUGCCGGGAUGCAUCACAGUGAAUGGGUGGAAAAUGCUGAUCGCUGGGUUGCUGGUUUCCUUGAGAAGUUUGAAGAAGGGUGUCAUAUAAUGGAGACAGCCAUCAAAGACCGGAUUCAAGAAGGUUUGAAAAGGCAGCAAUCACGAAGUAUGUCCGACCUGCUGGAAUAAAGCGUGUGAAAAAUCUGAAGUGUGUUUUUUGUUGGUGAAACCACUUGAAAGAGUAUUCUUCCACUUGGGUUGUCCGUAGGUGCUUCUGUAUUGUGCUGUCGUCAUCAGUUUUCUGAUCUUUGAUAUGGCAGAUCUCUCUUUCUGUCUCUCACUCGCAUAGGUGAAAUAGAUUAAUUGCAAUGCCAAAAGGUUCUGUUCGGAGUUAAUUAAGCUGGUAGUUGCAGAACCGUACUUUGGCAAAGUCACAUCGGUUUAUAUUCUGGUUUUCUGUUAAAUAUAUGUGUUAAGGACUUGGCUGGAAACUAACCUGGCCUGAAUGUAGAGGCGGCUGUGCAGCUGGUGGUGGAAGAUGAUCCGGCGACAGUUUCAUCAAUAUCAGCAUUAUUAUGAAAAUAUUGUGCUCAUUCUAUUGGGAUACUUUUAGUGCUAAUACGUAUUGUAAAAUAUUACAUUGUCUUCGAA